CAAUGCGGAGGAUUAUUCCGGCCCUUCGUUGCAUGCAUGCAUGUCCACCACAUGCCCCUACGUCAUUGUUGGUGAUGCUCCUCCCUUCAUCCUCGCUUGCCCAGCCCGACAAAAGCCCCGCAGCGUCCACAAGCUCCCGCCCUCGUCGCCCAUCCACCCAACAUCACAUCUACUCAACACAUCACACCCCCCCUCCACGACGCCUGCCCUCACCGACACCCUCAAACAUCACCGCCCGCUACACACGCAGAUAGCUCAGAACUAUCUUGUUUCACAGCCCAACCGCCGAUACUUAUAAACAUCUCGUGCACCGCGACUGUACUCCCGCAACCCCCACCCAUUGCCCGACCUCGCCGACACCAUUUCAGGUCCAACCCGUUCUUCCAUCGUGGCCGCGAGACUCCCAGCAGCAUGACGCAACACGCAACUGUCCUUCAUUCGCCGCCUCACCACUCCGAGCGGCCCAAAGGUGCG